AUGUCUAACCGCGAGCCAGCACACUCGCAAUGGCAGAAGAGCUUCCAAAAGGAGUGCCGCGCAUUUGUAAAAGAGGCAGAGGCUCUAGCUGAUUACGCCAGGCAACAUUCAAAUGAUUAUAAAUAUGAGCACGAUGACGAUAUUUGUAGAGGACUUAUAAGUCUAUGGUCUCAAAUGGCGCGAGUGAAAGACACCGGACUUGAUAUGGUUGCGGAAACGCCGAGAUGUUCUCUCGUUCUCAAGGAACGCAGCUUUUGGUUUAUUCGGGCUCUGGCAGAUCAGACGGAGUUUGAAGACGAGUGCGAUGAAAUAGAGGCUCGUCUAGAUGGACUGGCAUUGAAGGUUGAACGUCGCGAGUUGGAGAACCUUUGGGUUGCUGGAGUGCUUGAGUCAACGGCUUUGUAUAUAAAGGAGAAAUUUCAUGUAUAG